AUGAUGGACGAGGAAUUCUGGAAACAGCUUAAUGUUCCUUCAGUCAUUGCAAAAGACGAAUGUCUUUACUGCUUUGAGACAGUGUACAACGAAACCACAAGCGAUCAAGGUACCUUACAUAGUCUAGACCUUUGCCUGUCGUGUUUCCAGGCUGUUUGCCAACGGCAUCUGCCAAUCCACACACGAGUUAGUGAUAAUAAUGAUGAGACUGUUCAUUCGAAUUACCUAUGUAUCGCUAAAGUUAGGAAAGCUGAGGAUGACGAAGAUCAACAAAUGGAUCAAACCAAUAAGAAGAUCAAGCUUAAUGUCGUCGAAAAGUCUGAAGAUGAAUGUUUUGAUAUUAAGUGGUCUUUGCUAAAGUACGAUUUGUCAACAUCAUCCCAAACUACUUCAUUCUCCGACAGAGACUCCAAUAUACCUGCAAUAAUGAGUGAGAAGAUCAGACAGAUCUUAGGCUCUAAAUCUCAGGAGUUAGUGGACAAGACAUCGUCAUGGGAACUUUCUAUAAGCAGCUGUCCUCAUACCAAAGACUUCAAAGUCGUAGACAGCGAACCAAAGACAAUUGCCGACACCUGUAAUGACUGUCAGUUGGCACAAAACCUGUGGGUGUGUUUGCAUUGUGGUAACGUUGGAUGUGGUAGAGAGCAAGUUGGUAUCGAAGGUCAUUCCCACGCGUUAAAACAUUUCGAAGGAAAUCCAUCGCAUGCUCUGGCUGUUAAACUGGGCUCGUUAAGUCAGUCAUCGGCUGAUAUUUACUGCUAUUCAUGUAACGAUGAGGUAAAAUUUGAUGACAACAAGCAGCUGGGUCAAGCUCUCUCAAGGUUCGGUAUCGAUCUAGAUAACAAAAUGGCAAGCGAAAAAAGUCUGGUCGAACUGCAGGUGGAGCAAAAUAUGAAUUGGGAUUUUCGAAUGGUGGAUGCGAAAGGGAACGACUUAAAGAGAUUGCCUGUGGGCAAACAGUAUGGCUGUGGUUUGAUCAACUUGGGUAAUUCUUGCUAUCUCAACUCCGUCUUACAAUGCUUACUCAAUGGAGGGGUUAAAGAUUACUCCUGGGGUCAGGUUGGCCAAGCUUUUCCAUUAGACGUGCUCUAUCCUGGCACGAACCUUAGGUGCCAGUUGAUCAAAAUAAACAAUGCCCUAGAGAUCGAGCCAGAGUUGUAUGCCAAUGGAAUACGACCCAGGAGUUUCAAAAAAUGUAUUGGCCAGGGCCACGAGGAGUUUAGCAGUGAGAGACAGCAGGACGCGCUGGAAUUCUUGACUUAUCUGAUCGACAAGCUCGACCAAAAAAUCUUCACAGGGGUCGUCCACAAUCCCAACAACCUGAUGAAGUUUGUAAUGCAAGAUAAACUGCAGUGCAACAAGUGUAAGAAGGUGAGAUACAGCAGUGAGCCAUGUAAGGCGAUACAGAUUCCUCUGAAAGAGUCUGACAAUCCAGAUAACUCGCAACAUCUUCUAGAGAGACUACAGGCUUACUUUAGCGGUGAGACACUGGAAUUUAGAUGUCCGGAGUGCAAUGAAACUGGAACUGCAACCAGAACUCCGGGCUUUCAGACUUUCCCAGACACCUUAGUGAUAAACCCUGUGCGGCUCAAACUGGUAAAUUGGACUCCCGUAAAGACCAAUGACGACUUGGAGAUACCCGGGUUAAGCGAUCUGUCUGACACGCUGGAUCUUUCAAGCUUCCAAUCGCGUGGAUUCGACCCUGAAACAGAAGUCAUGUUGCGCGAUACAGAUGAAGACCGAACAGAUGAGUUCGUACCAAAUCCCACAUGCGUCUCACAGCUCGUUGAGAUGGGCUUCACACCAAACGCCAUCGCGAAAGCCCUUCAUGCAUCCGGCAACGUAGAAACUGAACCAGCGAUGAACUGGCUCUUCGAACAUAUGGACGACCCUGAUCUAGAUGUCCCUUUGACGCUGUCUAAAAAAGCGGCACACGUUCCAAACCAAGUCGACCAAGAAUCCCUCGACAACAUGACCGCAAUGGGCCUAGAUCCUAAACUGUGCCGCAAGGCAUUGAUCCUCCACAAUGGUGACGUGAGCCGCAGCGUCGAAUGGGUCUUCUGCCACAUGGACGACGACGGCGAGUUGCCAAGAGGAACUGCCCCAGACACAGAAGCCGAGACCCAUGGGCAUCCUACACCAGCACCCUACAAACUAGUCGCGAUAGUUUGUCACAAGGGCAACUCUGCCCACUCUGGCCACUACGUUGCAUUCAUCAGAAAAUAUGUCGAUCAAGAAGAGAAAUGGGUAUUGUACAAUGACGAAAAGAUCGUCGUCGCCGUCGAAGACAAUUUUGAAGAGAUGAGGAAAAAUGGUUACUUGUACUUCUAUUCAAGAUUCUAG